UGAGGAGAGUAUGAGGCGAGCUCUGGCCCGGGUGCGGCCGGGCUUCGGGGGCGAAGGCGUCGCCGCCAUCUAAGUCGCUGCGCCCGCCCGCGAGGCCCGGCGCGCGGAUGGUGCCUGUGCGGCUCGGGAGCUGAUCGCGCGUCCCCUCCCCUGCCCCCUCCCCCACGCGGUGGGCUACCCUCCCACCCGGCCCGGUGGAGCCAUGUCUCGGGGUGGCUCCUGUCCACACCUGUUGUGGGACGUGAGGAAACGGUCCCUCGGGCUGGAGGACCCGUCCCGGCUGCGGAGCCGCUACCUGGGAAGAAGAGAAUUUAUCCAAAGAUUAAAACUUGAAGCAACCCUGAAUGUGCACGAUGGCUGUGUUAAUACAAUCUGUUGGAAUGAAACUGGAGAAUAUAUUUUAUCUGGCUCAGAUGACACCAAGUUAGUAAUUAGUAAUCCUUACAGCAGAAAGGUUUUGACGACAAUCCGCUCCGGGCACCGAGCCAACAUCUUCAGCGCGAAGUUCUUGCCGUGCACGAACGACAAGCAGAUCGUGUCCUGCUCUGGGGACGGCGUGAUCUUCUACACCAACGUCGAGCAGGACGCGGAGACCAACAGACAGUGCCAGUUCACAUGCCACUACGGGACUACCUACGAGAUCAUGACCGUGCCCAACGACCCGCACACCUUCCUCUCCUGCGGCGAGGACGGGACCGUCAGGUGGUUCGACACGCGCAUCAAAACCAGCUGCUCCAAAGAAGACUGCAAAGACGAUAUUUUAAUUAACUGCCGGCGGGCCGCCACUUCCGUAGCGAUCUGCCCGCCGGUGCCGUACCACCUGGCCGUGGGCUGUUCGGACAGCUCGGUGCGAAUAUACGAUCGGAGGAUGCUGGGCACGAGGGCUACAGGGAACUACGCGGGCCGGGGCACGGCCGGGAUGGUGGCCCGCUUCCUGCCCCCGCAUCUCAGCAACAAGUCCUGCAGGGUGACGUCCCUGUGCUACAGCGAGGACGGCCAGGAGGUGCUGGUGAGCUACUCCUCGGACUACAUCUAUCUGUUCGACCCCAAGGACGACACCGCGCGGGAGCUGCGGACACCCUCCGCGGACGAGAGGAGGGAGGAGCUGCGGCAGCCCCCGGUGAAGCGUCUGAGACUCCGCGGCGACUGGUCGGACACUGGACCCCGCGCGAGGCCCGAGAGUGAGCGCGAGCGAGAUGGAGAGCAAAGUCCCAAUGUGUCGCUGAUGCAGAGAAUGUCCGACAUGUUGUCCAGGUGGUUCGAAGAAGCAAGCGAGGUGGCACAGAGCAGUCGAGGCCGAGGACGGGCCCAGUCCGCAGGUGGGACAGGUCCGUUGGAGGUGUCGGCUCUUCCCGGGGCCCCGUCAGGCACUGGCGUGGACGUGAGUGACGCGGUGAUGGACAUCGACACUCCGGCCGAGCAGCUUCUGCAGCCUUCCGCGUCCUCCCUGGCGCCUGCAACUGAGAGCCCCCCGCCGCCGCCGCCGCCUCUGCAGCCCUCCCCAGACCGGGAGCUCAGGCCGUCCGCCGCAGCAUCUGGACAGCACGCACAGCGUCAGUCUGAAUUUUUAAGGGGGCCUGAGAUAGCUUUGCUCCGUAAGCGGCUGCAACAACUGAGGCUUAAGAAGGCCGAGCAGCAGAGGCAGCAGGAGCUGGCCGCGCAGGCGUGCCCGCAGCCCGCCCCCCAGGACCCGCGAGCCGCAGUGACCAGUGCGGCAACAGGAACACGUGGCACAGCGCUGUGGUGGGAUGAAGCGGCUGAAAUAACUGCGCUGCAGGUGUGGCGUUCGCAGCAAGCUCUGGGCCUGAUGUCGAAUGCAGCCGAGCAAAGAGAUAACAGUAAUGAAAAGCUGAGCCCCAAGCCAGGGACAGGGGAACCCGUUUUAAGUUUGCACUACAGCACAGAGGGGACAACCGCGAGCACAAUAAAACUGGACUUUACAGACGAAUGGAGCAGCACUUCCUCCAGCUCCAGAGGGAGCGGGACCCACAGCAAGUCCGAGGGGCCGGAGGGGGCCCCGGUCCCCCAGAGCUCAGAGCCGCCUGCAGCGGGAGACGGCGAGACAGGAGCUGCGGAGGACGGCACCGCUCGGCCGGAAGGCGCGUCUGCGGAAACGGCAGCGCAGAGCCGGGCCGGCAGGGCACCGUCCGCCCGGCGCUCGCCCGAGCCCGGGGACCCCAGCGCAGGCGAGAGGGGCGACCUGGACCCCGAGAGUCCGGCUGGGGCUCCGGAAGACGCCGCUUCGUCUGAGGCGGGCCGAGGGCCGGCCACGCCCGACGGAGCCGGCGCUGAGGCCACCGCCCGGCGCCGCAGCCCCAGCCCCGAGCCUCUGUGUCGGGCGGCGGCCGUCGGGCCCGCACUCCCCGAGGAGGCCUCGGCCGCGGACGCGGCUCUGCAGGACACAGACGACAGUGACGACGACCCGGUCCUGAUCCCAGGGGCCCGGUACCGAGCAGGACCUGGGGAUAGAUUUAAUGUCAGAGGAACCACAAUAGGUGAUAGGAUAAAGAGACGCUCUGCUGUUGCCCGCAUUCAGGAGUUCUUCCGGCGGAGGAAAGAGAGGAAGGAAAUGGAAGAGCUGGACACGCUGAACAUCAGAAGGCCGCUGGUGAAGAUGGUGUAUAAGGGCCACCGCAACUCCAGGACAAUGAUAAAAGAAGCCAAUUUCUGGGGUGCGAACUUCGUGAUGAGCGGGUCCGACUGCGGCCACAUCUUCAUCUGGGACCGGCACACCGCCGAGCACCUGAUGCUGCUGGAGGCCGACAACCACGUGGUGAACUGCCUGCAGCCGCACCCCUUCGACCCGAUUCUGGCCUCGUCUGGCAUCGACUACGACAUAAAGAUCUGGUCCCCGCUGGAGGAGUCGAGGAUUUUCAACCGCAAACUCGCUGACGAGGUCAUCACCCGCAACGAGCUGAUGCUGGAGGAGACCCGGAACACCAUCACCGUGCCCGCCUCCUUCAUGCUGAGGAUGCUGGCCUCGCUGAACCACAUCCGCGCCGACCGGCUGGAGGGCGACCGGUCGGAGGGCUCCGGCCAGGAGAACGACAACGAGGACGAGGGCUGAGCGCCUGGAGCGGCCGGCGCCGAGCCAGCGUGCUGGAAUUCGUACGAGACAUUGUUAUGUUUUUCCCUUUACAGAGCUUCAGUGCAAUUUUAAGAUUAUGGUUUGUGGAGUCUUCCCUUUUGGGGGACAGCUGGCGUUGGUGUGGAAUGACUGUGUGCAUGAACUUGGGCGAGUGUGUCAGCCAGACCCAGCAGGUGUCUUCAGCCCUAGUGCCCUGCGUGAGCCGUGCUAGCCUCGAAGUGCAAUACCCCUCACCUCCAGGCGGGGGAGCCGGAUCGACAUUGGAGAGCAAUUCUCGUGUAGUGACAAUGUUGGUUCCAAUAAAUUUCUACACUUGCCAUUUGCAUGUUUGUUGCUUUCUGAUUAAAGAAGCUGGUGGUUUUAAGAUCUCC